AUGCAGCACGUUCAGCUGAACGCCCCUCUCUUCAACAAGCGUCUGGAACACAUUUUGUCUUCAUGGAACAGCGCGAGCACCGACAGCGACUACGGCGCAAUUGCUGAUGUAGGUGCAUUGUUCCUAUCCGCGGGUGAUCCUGCUGGCGAGGACGAGCCCAUUCGCAAAGGAACCGCUUUCCAGACAUGGCUGCUUGGUUAUGAAUUUCCUUCUACAUUCCUGCUCUUCGAAAAAAGUUGUUUGACCAUUCUAUGUUCCGCGACCAAAGCAAAGUUCCUAUCACAGUUGAAGAACGCGGGGGCACCGGUACCAAUUGAAAUUCUGGUGCAAGCGAAGGUGAAGGACCCGCCUACAGAUGCAUUGCCUAAGUUUCUUGCUGCGUAUACAGCUCAUGGUCGGGUUGGAUCUCUCACGAAGGAGUCUCACUCAGGCAAAUUGGUGGAUGAGUGGAAUAAGGUCUUGGCUAAUGCCGCAACCAAGCCGGUGGAUGUCGAUAUGUCAUCGUCGCUCUCUUCAUUCAUGGCAGUGAAAGAUAGCGACGAACUUAAAUGCAUACGAACUGCCGCAAAUCUUACCUCAACGCUACUUGCUCACCAUGUUGUGAUAAAGCUGGAAACGAUAUUGGACAGGGAGGCGAAAAUCACACACGAAGCUUUUGCAGGUCAGAUCGAGUCACGGUUAGGGUAUGGAGAGGGUGACAACGCCAAGGGGCCGGAUAUGAAGGUCUGGAACAAAGGACGAGGUCUCACAGAUGUUGACUGGGGUUCAACGGAGUUCUGCUACACUCCGAUCAUCCAGUCACAGGCUACAAGUACAGGAUACGAUUUGAGUCCCGCUGCGGAAUCGUCUGCCGAUGAUAUAGCUCACAAAGGUGUCUUCCUUGUCGCAGUAGGCAUGCGAUACAAGGGGUAUUGCGCCAACCUGGGGAGAAGUUUCAUCGUAGAUCCUUCCAAGGAGCAAGAAGCAAUCUACUCACUCCUUUUGUCUAUGCAGAAUGAGAUUCUACCCCGACUGAAGGAUGGCGUAGUUGCACGGGAUGUCUAUCAACAAGCUUUGGCGUAUGUCAGAGAUAAGAAGCCUGAGCUCGAGAAGCACUUCGUCAAGAACAUCGGCCAUGGUAUGGGCAUGGAGUUCCGUGACUCCUCCUAUCUGCUUUCCCCAAAGAAUGGACGGACGCUGCGCCCGGGCAUGGUCUUCAACCUCGUGCUUGGUUUUCAGGACUUGCAGGAGGGAGCGAAGAAAUAUGCACUUCAACUCGUCGACACUGUACAGGUUAACAAGGAUCAUGCCAUUUGCCUGACGUCGGGUGUGAAGUCCAUCAAAGACACCAUGUUCUUCCUGAACCAGGAUCUGAACGGUGACUCUAAGCAGUCAGCACCUGCCAAGAAGCCUCCGGUGAACAAGAACGGUGUUAAUGGGGGUUCGCCCAUGAAGAACAAGAUGGCAGGUGGCAAGGUGCUGCGGAACAAAACGCGCAGUGCUGCCCAUGAAGAGCACAUCCAAUCGACAGCUGCCAAGAUUGCCGAACAUCAGAGGGAACUUCAUGCAAGACUGGAGACGGAGGGAUUGGCGAAGUAUGCGGAAGGAGCAGGAGGUAUCGGAGGCAAAGAAGGCAAAGGGUGGAAACGUUUCCAGAGUUACAAGGGGGAAGCCGCUUUGCCGAAGGAGGCUGAAAGUCUACGUAUCUACGUGGACAGGAAGUCGCAGACAAUCGUCCUGCCCAUCCACGGUUUCGCCGUUCCGUUUCAUAUUAACACCAUCAAGAAUGUGAGCAAGAACGAUGAGGGUGAGUUCACAUACCUGCGAGUCAACUUCCAGACGCCGGGUCAGCUCGCGGGCAAAAAGGAAGACACGCCUUUUGAAGAUCCGGACGCCACUUUCAUCCGUUCCAUCACGUAUCGCUCUCCAGACGGUCACCGAUUCGACUCUAUCUCCAAGCAGAUCACGGAUCUCAAGAAGGAGGUCAACAAGCGCGAACAGCAAAAGAAGGAGAUGGCCGAUGUCAUCGAGCAGGACACACUCAUUGAGGUGAAGGGUCGCAGACCGAUCAAACUUCCCGAGGUGUUUGUCCGGCCUGCUCUAGAUGGAAAACGGCUGCCAGGAGAGGUCGAGAUACACCAAAAUGGCUUGAGAUAUCACUCCCCCAUGGGAUCACAGAAGAUUGAUAUUCUUUUCAGUAACGUCAAGCAUCUGUUCUUCCAGCCUUGCGAACACGAGCUCUUGGUGAUUAUUCAUAUCCAUCUCAAGGCCCCAAUUAUCAUCGGCAAAAAGAAGGCACAUGAUGUGCAGUUCUACCGUGAAGCGUCAGACGUUCAAUUCGACGAGACUGGCAACCGCAAACGGAAGUACCGCUAUGGAGAUGAGGAUGAGUUGGAGCUAGAGCAGCAAGAGAGAAAGCGUCGGCAAAUGUUGAACAAGGAAUUCAGGCUUUUCUCUGAGAAGAUCGCCGAGGCUUCAACGGCGUCUACUGGUGACACGCUUGAGCCUGAUAUUCCCUUCAGGGAGCUUUCAUUCGAAGGUGUUCCUUUCCGAACUAACGUCCGGCUUCAGCCCACGACUGAAUGUCUUGUCUAUCUAUCUGAUCCCCCCUUCUUGGUGGUCACCUUGGCUGACAUCGAGAUCGCCUCGUUGGAACGUGUCCAGUUCGGACUGAAGCAGUUUGAUAUGGUCCUGAUUUUCAAAGAUUUCGCAAAGACACCACUCCAUAUCAACUCCAUCCCCAGCGCCCAAUUGGAUGAUGUGAAGAAUUGGCUGGACUCCGUAGAUAUCCCUUUGAGUGAAGGACCCGUCAAUCUGAACUGGGGACCAAUCAUGAAGACCAUCAACGAAGAUCCGUAUGAGUUUUUCCAACAGGGUGGUUGGUCGUUCCUCGGUGGUUCUGCGGGAGGUGAAGAGAGUGCUGGAGAAGACGAUACGGGCUCUGAAUCAAACUUCGAAGCGGAUGCCGAUGAAAUGGAAAUUUCAGAGAGCAGCGAGGAUGAGAGCGAUUACUACGAUGGUGCUGAUGCAAGUGACGAUGAAGGCAGUGGGUCAGACUUCGGGUCGGAAGAGAGCGAGGGUGACGAUUGGGAUGAACUCGAAAGAAGGGCUGCGAAAGCUGACAAAAAGCGGGUCGAGACCGGGAAUGCGCACGAUUCUGACGACUCCGAUAGACCGAAGCAGAAAGGGAACUCGAAGAAUAAGACGAAGGACAAAGCUAAGACCAAGAAGCGGUGA